UAUUACGACUUCCCACCCCACCAAUUGACUGCGCAUCAAGGCCGUGCCAUUGUUUAUGAACAUACUCAAGUGUCAUACAUUACAUGGGACAAAAAACCAGUUAAGAACCCCAAGUCAGGGUCUGUCCAGACACACGAACACCCCCAUUAGCCCUUUAACGAUUCUAUCACCACGGAUUGAGGCCGUUUGGCCUUUCAUACCCUAGAGAUGAGCGGGUCGUACUUUCCACGCCAAAAUGAUGUCGUUCCCGACCUCAAUGAUUUGAAAUUGGACUUUCAGGACAAUGUGGAAUCCGAACCAAGCGACGACUCUGACUAUCAGAGCAAGCUCGAGGUUGAGUUUGAUGACGAAAGCACUCGACGUCGGAAGUCGUCCCUUGUCCCGAAUGAAUACCCACGUACGCGCCCGGUAAUGCCUCGGAAGAAUACAUCCUGCAUUGUGCAUUCUUUAUUGGAACGUGAGGGGAAAUCGCCCGACGCUGAACCUAGUCAUGAUGGGAUUGCAGAGAGUAGAACUGCAGAUAAGCUCGCUGAAGACGAGGAGGCGAUGACUCGCUCUCGGUUGCUUACAAAAAAGGAACUGUCAGAUAUGGCUUGGGGUGUGCGGAGGCUCUCCAAAAGGCUGGCUGGCAUUAAAAUGAAGCUUCAGGUUCGGACUAUAUUCAUCCUGACCAAAGCGCACGAUGAGACUCUCAUUGCCAACACAAGAGAAGUGACCGAUUGGUUACUCUCAUCUGAACGGGAUACCGCAUAUACUGUUUACGUUGAAAGCACUCUGGAGGAUAACAAAUUGUUUGACAAAGCUGGGUUAUUGAAAAAAUACCCUUCGGCUGAGACUCGUUUGAAGUUUUGGACGCCCGAACUUUGUGCUAGACGCCCGAACUUGUUCGAUUUCCUAAUUUCUCUUGGAGGCGAUGGCACGGUUUUGUAUGCGAGCUGGCUAUUUCAGAGAGUAGUACCACCUGUUCUAUCCUUUUCAUUGGGAUCAUUAGGCUUUCUUACGAAAUACGACUAUGAUGGUUAUCAGGAGACUCUCACAAAAGGGUUCCGCGACGGUUUCACAGUUAGUCUUCGUCUCAGAUUCGAAGGCACCAUCAUGAGGUCACAAAAACGAGACAAAGAAGGCGUUCGCCGAGACAUUGUUGAGGAGCUUGUUGGAGAGGAGUCGGAUGAUCAUCGCACGCACAAACCGGAGAAGACUCAUGAAAUUUUGAAUGAUGUGGUUGUCGACCGCGGCCCAAAUCCAACCAUGUCCACAAUAGAACUCUUCGGCGACGACGAGCAUUUCACUACUGUCCAGGCCGACGGAAUUUGCGUUGCUACCCCAACAGGGUCAACAGCAUAUAACUUAGCCGCAGGCGGGUCUCUCUGCCACCCUGACAAUCCGGUUAUCCUUGUCACUGCCAUCUGCGCCCACACGUUGUCUUUCAGACCUAUUAUACUUCCGGAUACAAUUGUCCUACGUAUUGCCGUUCCUUAUGAUGCUCGGACAAGUUCUUGGGCCAGCUUCGACGGCCGUGAAAGAGUUGAAUUAUUCCCCGGAGACUACGUGACAAUCUCUGCUUCGAGGUACCCUUUUCCAAGCAUUCUCCCACCAGGCAGGAGGAACGAAGAUUGGAUCACAGGUAUACAAAGGACUCUACAGUGGAAUUCUCGACAGAGGCAAAAAGCCUUUAAAGAAUGGGUAAAAUCGAAAUAGUUGAUUGACUUGAACGAGACCUUAACGAAUGAAGCCAAGCCGUCUACGAAUAUACAUUAGUUUUGGACUUGGUUGCGUCAAAUAUACCUGGAUAAGUCUGGAAAACAAAACUAUGCUUCAACGCUAUCGAGAUCAUACAGUUCAAUGAAUUCUCUAAACAGAUUGAACGCCCGUAGGGGUUGUAUAACUUACAACUUAAUAGUUAAAGUAGAUGAAUUAAACUGUAGAUCUUUGUCUGACUCGGACAGCGGAGGCUUAGAAAUAUAAUAGUAUUCGUAAUUCGGGUACAUAUAGAAUCAGGU